AACAUAUAUUUUACCACCAUCCCUAUGUUGAAAGCGGUAACAAUCUCGAUGAAAGAGAGGAUGUAGACGCUCAACUGAUAUAGGAAGCAAUUGUUUUGAUUAUUGCAUCCUUCACCUUGUUGAGCAUCUAUACCCACUCUUUCAUUCGAAAUUGUUACCGCCCUCAGCCUUUGGAUAUUUCUGCAAAUUCCUCUCUUCUAUUCAGUUGGAAGGAGUGGAAAUUAAUAAAACCAAACCAGGUUGGGCUUUCUUUAACCGGAAAUGACCAAUGUAAUUUGAACCGAACCAAAGAAAUGUUGUUAUCUCUUUCUUUUCUCUCACUCGGCUGAAGAAGAAAAGAGAUGCGAGCGAUUCAUAUGCGAUUGAGCUCGAGCUUUAGGCCUAUUCUUCUUCUUGACUUCGUUGUUUCUUGUUCGCCUCCUCGUCGCCAGUUCUCUAUUCCUAGGCGCCUAAUCUGUGCCGCCGCCAAUGGAGGAGGCAGGUCAGGUUCGAUUGUGGCGGCUCCGUUGGUUGUGACUGAAGAAGACUUUCAGAAGAAGAUCGAUGUCAAUCCUCCUAAAGGAACUCGUGAUUUCCCUCCUGAGGAUAUGCGACUCCGCAAUUGGCUCUUCAACCACUUCAAAGAGGUCUCACGGUUAUAUGGGUUUGAGGAAGUGGAUUAUCCAGUACUGGAGACGGAGGCAUUGUUCAUCAGAAAAGCAGGGAAGAGAUUAGAAUUGUUCACAUCCACUUUUAUUCCUAGUACGUUUGUGCUAUGGCUUCAUAUCGAGGGACUGGAUAGUCCGUAUUACUCAUGUGUAUAGGGAGGCUAAUCGUCUUGCGGACGGAUUAGCGAACUAUGCGUUUUCAUUACCGCUAGGUUUUCAUUCUUUUGAUUCGAGUCCUGAUGUUGUUAGUCGGAUUGGUUUAGAUGAUAUGGUCGGGACUGCGAUCCCACGAGACGUUCGUUUGUAAUUUGUUUCGGUUUAAUUUAAUAAAUAGGGGGAGGCUUGCCUCCCCUCUUCUCACCAAAAAAAAAGA